CUGACCAUUUGUCCAGAUGGUAAUAAUUAAUAAAUAAAAAUAAUAAUCAAUACUCUCAUCUUCACCCAACUGUACAAAAGGGUUCUCUCUCACACCCAAAAACCUAAUUAUUUUGUUUCUUAUCUUUCCUUCUUUCACCGCCGCCCUCCUCCACUUCCUCCGCCGGGGCUGCCUCCACCUUCUCGUCCAUUUCUCCCUCCCCGCCACGCGCCGCCGCCCCUUUCUUUUCACCCUCUUCCCCUUCCCAUUUUUUUUUAUUUCAUUACUUUUAAUACAUUAAAAACGAAGGAACUCAUAGCUAUAGCUAAAAAAGAGUAUAUAUAUUCGAAAGGGCACUCUCUCCCCUCUCAUUCCCAAAUCCCAAACACACAGCGAAAAAGAGAGAGAGAAAGAAAAAGAUGGAUAGAAUGGAAGUAGAAGGGAAGACGACGCCGUCGAGGUUCAAAAGGAUAUGCGUCUUCUGCGGCAGCAGCUCGGGCAAGAAACCCACCUACCAGGAAGCUGCGGUUCAGUUAGGGCAGGAACUGAAGGUGGAGAGAAGGAUUGAUUUGGUGUAUGGAGGUGGAAGCGUGGGAUUGAUGGGCCUUGUUUCUCAGGCUGUUCAUGAUGGUGGCCGCCAUGUUCUAGGGGUUAUUCCGAGGACUUUAAUGCCAGUAGAGAUAACGGGAGGAUCGGUUGGAGAAGUUCGAGCUGUAUCAGAUAUGCACCAAAGAAAAGCCGAAAUGGCACGCCAAGCCGACGCAUUCAUCGCCUUGCCAGGAGGAUACGGAACCCUAGAGGAACUCCUCGAGGUCAUCACCUGGGCUCAGCUCGGCAUCCAUCGCAAGCCUGUGGGUUUGUUGAACGUGGAUGGUUACUACAAUUCUUUGUUGAGUUUCAUCGAUAAAGCUGUGGAUGAAGGGUUCGUCUCGCCAAUGGCGCGACGAAUUAUCGUGUCUGCACCGACUGCCAAAGACUUGGUCAGACAACUUGAGGAAUAUGAGCCUGAGUAUGAUGAAGUAACAGCCAAGUUGGUGUGGGAGGAGGUGGACAGAAGAAACUACGUGGCCGAACCUGGCGUCGCCACGUGAUAAUAAAAUGGAACAAACUGCGCCGGCGGGAAGUCGGAGCUUGGUCGGUCGGGCGUUUUAUUUACCGGAGGGGGGGCUUUUUUGGCGCCGGCGGCCGGGUGGCGGAGGAUGAAGCUUGGUAGGGCAGUUUGAAUUUGAUUAAUUAAUUUGCUUUUCGGGAAGGAAUUAUUGUAGUGGUGGGGUUGAUUAAUUAGUCUCUAUAUAUAAUAUAUAUUUAAUAUGAUAUAAUGAUAUAUGAAUAUGAUGAUUGUAGUUAGCCAAAAGGAUGGGAAAGAAAGGGAGGAAGAGUUGGGGGAUUGAAAUGGGAAUGUGUUUGUCCCUUUUUGUAAGAAACUGAAAAGUAAAGUGAUGAAAAUGGAUGUGGAUGAAAAGUGGGGAAGCUUCCUUCUUUCCUUUCUUAAAUCA